AUGACAAGAACUAUGGAACUGCCCUCAAUUGAUAUUUCGCCCAUGUUUGGCGUUGAUCAGGUAGCAAUUGAUCGGGUGGUCAAGGCGAUCAGAGACGCCUGCCUUGAUAAGGGAUUUUUUCAAAUUUUCAACCACGGAAUAAGCCCACAAUUGCAGGAUGAUGCCUUCAAGGCCAGCAAAUGGUUUUUUGCCCUACCAAAGGAGGAAAAACUAAAUCUUGACAAAUCCAAAAACUCUUACAACCGAGGCUACGAGAGUGUGGGAUCCCAAAUGUUUGAGGAAACUCAGAAUCCAGACCUUAAAGAGGGCUUCUACGUGGGGAAAGAGAUAUCCAAGGAUCAUCCUCUGUUUGGCAAGAUUAAUUGUGGUCCGAAUCUGUGGCCUUCAGUAGAGGGCUCAGACCAUUUCCGGAGGGUAUGCAUGGAGUAUCGUGAAAAGGUGUUCAACCUCUCCAAAAUAGUGCUCAGAGCAAUUGCACUUGGUUUGGGGACGGACGUUUCUUAUUUCGACACUUUUACACAGGACGCAAUUGCAAUAAUGCGGUUAUUGCAUUAUCCUGCUCAAGAACAACUAUCUGACAAUGACCGAGGAAUCGGAGCCCACACAGACUUUGGAGCAUUGACCCUUCUUCUUCAGGGUGAUGUGGGAGGUCUCCAAGUCUUAGACGAUGUCAGUGGUGAGUGGAUUGAUGUUGCCCCUACUAAGGGAGCGUACGUAGUGAACCUGGGGGACAUGAUGCAGAGAUGGUCCAACGACGUCUACCAUUCGAACGUCCAUAGAGUGUUGAAUAUCGUGGGUCAGGAGAGAUACUCAAUUCCACUUUUCUUGAAUGGAAAUCCAGAUUGUUUGGUCAAAUGCUUGCCUGGAUGCGAGCUUCCAGGCGGUAUAAGCAAGUAUCCACCCAUAACAGUUGAAGAUUACGUUUCAGGCAAGUACGGAGACUCGUACAGCAAGGCGAUGGCGUUUAAAAAUAAGUACUAG